AUGCAGUUAUCACCUUUAUCUGUUUGCCUUGUAACCUGGCUGAUCUCUCUUGCAUCUGUGGUGCAAUGUGAUUGGCAGUGUCAUAAUGAUUGUGUAAUCGAAAUGAAACACAUUAGAAGAUCUGCCGGAGAAACAUUACAUCCAAACCGCGACAAUUGUCGACUAGGAGUGCCAGAGUUAAUUAAAAACCUUCCCUGGCGGGAUAUCGAAGCCCCGGACGAGUGUCUCAUUGUAGGUGACAAGCAUUACAGCUAUCAAGCAGUAUACAGGCUCGAUAAAUCAGUCCAUAGCGUGUGGGUGGUUGAUUAUAUUCCAGACAAUUAUCAAAUUAAGAGGUGUGGGCAAGUGUAA